CCGUAGAUCUGGUAACGCUGACAGGGCCUUGUCCACCUGCGGCUACGGCUCCGUCAGUGUAGGUGUUGCCAACGUUAUUGUCGAUCAGAUCAACAGAAUGAGUGACAGUGUCAACGAAGCGGCCAUGUUCCUGGCACAGCUGAUCCACGAGAGCGGCGGGUUCCAGCAUCGUAGAGAGAUCAAUGGAGCAUCCCAGAGCUAUGCACCUUAUUACGGUCGCGGCUACAUCCAGUUGACCCAUGACUACAACUAUCGGGAUGCUUCGAGGGCGAUCUUCGGCAAUGACCGACUUCUGCAAGACCCCGACAUAGUGUCCAACAGUGAGGAAAUGUCGAUGCGCGUUUCGGUUUGGUUCUGGGAGGCGAAAGUUCGUCCCGGUGGAGGACCUGCGAGGAACAACUUCGGACUGACAACCAAGGCGAUCAACGGUGGCUUGGAGCCUCCGGGCUGUGAUCUAGCACGUAGGCGGUAUAAUCUCUAUGUUCAGGUGGCAAGAGCUCUUGGAGUGUCGAACAUAGCCAGCGAGUGAAAGUGACAGUUCACGUACGUACGCGUACAAAUUUAAGCUCGAAGUUUUCAAUAAAGUGUUGAAAGCA